CCUACGUCGAUCUUUGCCAUAAUUAUUACAUCAAGAUCAAAGCUAUCACAAGAAGUUUAAUAGCGAAUGUCUGACGAAGAGUUGGGCGAGUUGCUGGGUGGUGGUGGACUAGGGGAAGGUGAUGAGAUGACAGGGGAUAUUUACAUUCCAUCUAAUUCAGAGGGAGAAGAUGAGGGAACUCUAGAUGAAUCUGUGUUCACUACUUUGAAGCGAGAUAUGAAGGCCAUAUUGAUCAAGUGCACUCAUGUUCUUGUACCUGUGCGCUCCAACAAGAAGCUACUACAUGACUGGGACUUGUGGGGACCUCUACUGCUCUGCAUUACACUAGCCAUGUUGCUCCACGGACGAGCCAAUGAUCCAGCAAGUGGUCAGCACACCAUCCACUUCCUCAACGUCUUCCUGCUGGUGUGGGGUGGGGCUGCCGUAGUGACUGUCAACACUCAGCUGCUCAGGGGGAAAGUAUCCUUCUUUCAGAGUGUAUGCACCAUCGGCUAUUGCCUCCUCCCCCUGGCGACGGCCUUGAUCCUGUCUCGCCUCUUACUCAUCUACUCCACUCAGGGUAGCCUCAUCUUCUUCGUGCGACUGGCCAUUAUUGUCGCCGCAGUGUUCUGGUCCUCAUGGGCUUCUCUUGGGUUUUUGGCUGACUACCUACCUUCAGAUCGAAAGGCUCUUGCUAUCUACCCGAUCUUACUGUUCUAUUUUUGCAUUGGUUUUCUGAUAUUAGCUCAAAACAAACCACUCAUUUAGGGUACUCAUUGCAUUGACUUUUUGUCUGGACACAAUAAUUAUUGUACUUACACACGCGCAUGCACGCAGUAAAACAGAAAAUUAAUCUUGACACGUCAUAAUAAUGAUAUUCAUAACCUUUA